AUGGAUCUCGUGGCGAGCAAGGCCCCAUCAGGUGCUGCGCAGUUCCUGAAAACUGCUCUGCAGCUGGAACAGAGGCAGUUGGUGUUGCAGGCACGUUUGGGAAGGCACAAUGAUGGCAACGAUAUAUCUGCCACCGAGUCCGCGAGCCUGGAAUCUGAAUGCCGCAGCUUGCGACACGACUUGGACAAGUGGCAUCGACAGCAAGUGACCUUCAUGCCAAAAGUUGAACUGCCAGAUGCAGAGGAGGUUAAGGAUGAUGAGGACGAUGAAAUGCAUGGCCAGCCGGAAUCGGAAGCCCUGGUCCUUCCUUCCGACUUCAGCAGCGGCAAGCGCAAGAUGUUCGCGUUGGAGAUUCUGACGAGUUUCGAGAAACGCAUUCAGAUUGGGCUGACACACAAUCUCCUCAGUGCCAUUAAGGAAUCACUAGGGCAUCAAGGUGCAUUCCUCAGUGACAAGACUAAGCACGUGCGGGGGCAGAAGGACAACAUGCGAGCACAGAAGAUGAUUCAGAAUGCGGCUGAACAUAGCCGGAGUCUCACGCAACGAUAUAACCACAACUGA